UGCAGCUUUAGCCUCAACAUUGUUUUCGAAUUUGGCCUGCAGUUUUUUCUGUUGCCUGUAGAGUUCAUAUCUUUGUCAGCUCAACUGCAAAAAGGCACACCGCAUAUCAUUGUCAAGAGAUAUAUUUAGUAGGAACAGACACUUCAGAUCAACCAGCGGCUUCAUCAGAAAUAUCCCAACAAAACCUCUGAAGCAUGGACAAAGAGGGAAAGAUGAUGAUAUGCUGUCUGCUCUUAGCAGCUAUUAGCCCUGUGUUUAGUGAAGAAUGGAAGGCCACUGUUGUAAAACACCUUGACGUCCUGGUUUCAUCCUGUGUUGUGAUACCCUGUUCAUUCACCCAUCCUAAAGAGAACCUGCCAGCCUCCAAACUCAGAAAGAUCUGGCAUCGUUCAAAAGAACGAGAUCAACGCAUCUACCAUGAAGAUUCCACACUAAUCCUGGAAAACUUUAGGGGGCGCACACGGUUGGUGGAGGAAAGGAGUGCUAAUAACUGCACCUUAGAAAUAACUGAAAUUAAAGACCAUGACAAUGGCCCUUUCUGUUUCCGGAUUGAACUAGCACGGACACCGGGUGAUACAUCCACCAUUGACAAGUUCUCCUUUGUUGAAGAUUGUGUUGAGUUCACAAUGCUCAAUGAACCUCCAAAACCUACACUGAUUCACGCAAAGACAGCCAUUCAAGAUCAUCCUUACACUGUCACCUGUUCAGUCACCCAUACCUGCCCCUCUCAUGUGCCUAAACUCACAUGGAGUAGGGCAGUCAAAGAAACUGAUGUCAUUGAGGUCCACAAACAAACUCAUGCUGGCCACUGGGAGGCAGGGUCCAUCCUGACGUUCAUUCCUGAGGAGAAGGAUGACCACAGUGAGCUUACCUGCACAUCACAAUUUUACGGCCAGAAGAGGUCCUAUUCAACACUGACACUCUAUGUAAAACGUAAAGAAAAUUACAACCACAUCAUCAUUCCCUCAGUGGUGGGGAUUGGUAUCACUGUGAUCUUUGGAGUCUUCUGCAGUUUCAUGGUAAAAAAAUACAAGACACGCAUUUCAGAGCUCCAAAGUCAGGAUGGAAGCAUGUGGAACCGGCUGUCCAGGAUGUCUCGCAGGAUUCGUUCUGAUGGCCCAGGACCAUCUCGUUCUGAUCAAAGAAGGUCUGUUUGGAGCAGAUUUUCGAGAAGGCCUAAAGGGGACAUGAGUUCCAGUCAUAUGCCCAAUAAUGAUAAUUCAAAAUCCUGUGCCGAUCAGAAAUUCGCAAAGGCUCGUUUCCCGUCCCCGAAAAGCCAGCCAAAAUCCUGUAAUUACAAAGAGGACCUUGAUGAUGGUGACGAUUAUGUUAACACUGAGGACCUCAACGUCUACGGAAACAUCUGAAAAGAAAUAUUUCCUUCCAAAGAGAGAAUUUGUGAUCAAAGAAGACAACUCUUAUCAUGAUCAUAUUCAUUUCUAUUAAUUAAUACCAUUGAUGAUUAUAUUAUUAUAUUAUUUAGUAAGUACCAGUAAGUAUGCAAGUCUGUUCAGCCAGUGUAUGUGUGUGUUUGGGCAUGGUGUCAACAUCGUUUGGCCUGAAACAUAAAUGUAAAUGCCUUUAUGAGAUUGAAUUAAAUAAAACAACUUGAUCCCAAAGGUAAUAAACAAAGAAAACAAGGAGGGAUAAGAACUGAAUGGAAUAGUAUGACAUUAUGGGAAAUGUGCGUAUUCACUCUUUAGCUGAGAGCGGAGAUGAGAAGAGCAACACCACUCUCCCCAUUAAAUAUAAGGUUACAGCCAGCAGCUUGGUAUAAACGCUUGAAACAGGGAAACAGCAAGCCUUGCUCUGUUCAACGGUAACCAGCACCUCACUAAUUAACAACAAAUGAUAACAUGUAAAUUGGCAAAUUUAAGAGUUUUCAGCAGGUUUGUUACCUAUGAGCUGAGCCAGGCUAGCUGUUUCCCCUCGGUUUCAAGUCUUUAUGUUGAGCUAAGCCAAACAUCUGCUAGUUCAGACAUGAAAGUGGUAUAAAUUCUUUCAUCUCACUUUUGGCAAUAAAUAAAUAUUACCGUAUUUUUUAUUGUUGUUGUUUAUAGUAUAUAGAAUUUACACUCAAAUGCUUUGACAUAAACUCAUAUACAGUGCUGGUGUAAUUGAUAUUUCAAUGACGUAUAUAGAAAAAUGACAUAAACCUAGAUCGAAUUUUCUGUAAAUAAGACAUCUACUGCGAGAAAAGAUUUUCCUGUUUCUAGACCCAGGUGAAAAGCAGAAUGUAUGAACCCAGUUUGAUGAGGUCAACUGAUUUUAUUGAAGAUUUUGAGUUUUUU